UGUAGAUCAUGUGACCUACGAACGUCCAAAAUGGCCGCCGCAGUUGCUAAUGAAAACAACUGAAGUUCGACUGAAACUUUUCUUCCCGUUUACCUCUUUUAUUCGAGACCAAUGGCUCAAAGUGGCCCAAUACGACCUUCUUCAGGUCGCCGUGCGGCUAAACAUGAAACUUUUUCGUCGGCUGUGAGUAACUACAGGGUGCGCCAGGUGCAGUCUUUACUCCAGCCUGGCAGAGACUCCAGGCAGCCCCCACUGGAUGCUGUACUGUGUAUCCUUGGUGUGGACGGCAGGCACAGUGAUGGAGCCCGGGAGCUGGCCAACUAUCUUCUCUUUGGUCUGUAUGACUACAAGACCAUCAAGAGGUCUAACCUCCCAGAAGAUACUGUUGAUGACAUGAUGCUCCUGAUCAGGCCAGAUGGAGUGAGUAUUUACUGUAACCCUGUCAACUACCCAUACCUGCUGCCGUACAUCGCACACUGGAAGAACCUGCAGAUCUUCUGUAUGGCUGAAGACAAGUACCAUGAGGAUGAGGAGGAGGCUGAGGAGUACAAGAUCAGGAGUUUUGUGGCCAUGAUGGAGGGAAGCAGCAGAGUGGGACUGCCGUACAGCUCCAGAUUUAACCAACAGCAGUUCAGCCCAAUGACCAUAGAGAAAUGGCCUAUCGUACAGGCAUUUGCCCUGGAAGGGUUUGGAGGUGGAGGUUUCUUCACCAUGAAGCACGAGGUGUUUGAUGUGAGCAGCAGACUGGAGCAUGUCUACACCAGGCUGGACCCUGUAGGACUGGAGAACCUGGUCACUGAGCAACUGUCGCAGUUUGAACAGCAGUGGACUUCAUUGAUCAAGACUAUUGAUGUUGAAAGCCCUGCCCAGAGAGCAGUCUUGACAGAGAGCAAAGUUGGAGAGCCAUUGCAGAGUUACUAUGCCCACGGCAUGCAAGCAGGUGGCACUGGAGGGCGGAGGCAGGCCUUUGUGCUGUUUGGGACUCGUACAGGUGGAGCAGGUGGACAGGGUGGUGAUGGGGUCAUCGGCAAGGCAGGCAUCAGGGGAGGGCCGUCUCUACACAUGGCUUGCCAGGCCAUCUCUCCUCGUGGUCCCCUCAGCUGUGCCAGAACCUACUUCUUCAGCAGUGGACAUGUCCCAUACCCAGUAUCAGAAGAAGCUGGCAUACCCAGGACUGAGGAGAAGAACAUGGAUCUCAGGUUGCUGUCCACCAUGUACCUGGUAGCAGUGGAUGCUGUUCUGGCUGCCAUUGACCAGUACAGCAAGACUCUCAGUGUUGGAGCUGCAAGGAAGACAGUCUUAGAUGUGCUGAAAGAUGCGGUAGACCGGCAUCAGCUGCCUCUCGGGAGUGCCUUUGCCUCAUCCAAGAACCCAAUUGAUUUCACAAUUGAGGAGGCAGACAUGCAUGGGCAUUCCCAAACAGCUGAGCAGGGGGCGCCGUCUCACCUUGUUAAAACUGCAUUCCUGUCCUUCAACGACAUUCCCAGUGUGGAACACACAGGACAGUCCCUGGGGUCUGUCACCUUUGCUGAGUCCUUCCUGGUGUCCAGCCUUACUGUCAUCAACCAUGAUGGUUCAAAAACAGUUGACAGCUGCUACACAGUGCUGACAGCCCAUAUCCCUCGUUAUACCACCUGGAUGACCACUCAAGUGGAGACUGAGAGGUCUGACGCCGUAGUGACUUUAGUGAAGACUCCAUCUGUGGAAGUCCUGGGGAAACCUCUCCUCCAGGGGGAGCAGGUCCAGCUGGUGGUGGCAACAAAAUACUGCUUCUCCCAAGAAGGCCAGCUACACAUUUUUGACAGAGGUUUGGUGUUCCUUCAGCCACACUGGGGCGCCCUCAUCCUGCCCAGAACGGAACUGCAGAGCAUUCUCUUCUAUGAUGGGGACUCCCGUACAGUUGUGGCCAUGCUGGUCCUGACCUACAGACCAGACAUGCUGGGUUUCCUGCCUGCCCAGGUCCAGAACCCUGACAACAGGCUUGUCAUCGUCUUCAACCCCAGCACUCGGGCUUAUAAGACAUUCAUGACAGAGGUGCUGUCAGCUUGGCAGGAGAAGGAAGAGAUGGGACAGGCCCACCUACAGACAGUUAAGGAGCUACCUGCUGACCUGGCCUCUCUGCACUCCCAGCUGCAGAAACGACUGGAGAUGAUGUUGACCCAACCCUCCUCUCUCAAGAAGGCCAUGGUCAACCUGCCUGAUCUGGAAAGAUUCCUGCCCCACUCCUCAGCCAGCAGUCUCCUGCAGACCUCCAUCCCUGCCGCUGACCUGGAGGUUCUGUUGGACCCGGCAGGGGACGAACCUAUGGACCUGGAGCCCAACAUGGAGGAGAUCAUUGUGACCAUCCUUACUGGGAUCCCAGGUAGUCACAAGGACAAUCUGUGCACAAGUCUUGUCAACAUCAACAAGGAGCAUGGCAGAUGGGUGGUGUUGAGACAGCCCAUUGAGAUUACGGAGGGGUUUGAUGCAGACAGCCUCCAGGCCUCGCUCAGUGCAGCAGUCAAGGCACAGAGGAAACGGGCGGCCAAGGCCUCGACUGUGGGGAAGAAGAAGAUGAGAGCUGUCAUUGUCACUCCAGGGUUUACAGACGUGCUGGAUGUGGUGAUGGCAGUUUUGUGCCACCCUGACCCGGAGGUGCGCAGCAGACUGAAGGUUGGAGCAGUCACUGCCUGUGUGGACCCCAUGAACACUUUCUUGGAGGACAGGUUUCUCUUCCCCAAAGUGCUGGAUCAGUGUGCUCCAGGUUGGGUCAACAACAUAGUCUUCACCAGUUGCACAGAAGCACAGAACCCCCAGCUGGAGGUCACACAGCAUCUGGUCCGAGCUGUCAACCCUGACGCUGCCUUUGUCCUGGCUGAAAGGGGAGAGGUUACAAGGUCAGAAGAUGUAGAGCUGAUCCUGUCUGAGACCAUGUUCAGUCAGCCCAAGAUGGCCCAGCUCAGGCACCUCGGAACACCGGGAUGGUCCCAAGGCCGGGUGCAGUCUUCCCCACCCUCCCCCAGCAUGCAGGACAUCUGUAUCUACUUCUCACUACCCCUGGACAGAAUCAAGUUCCAGGCCAAGUGUAAAGCCCUGAAGUCAGCUCUAUCUCCAUACCCGUUCCACGGCAACGUGUACUGCACCAAGGGGCAUGUCAAGUUCCUGGACUCCCCCAAGCUGUAUGAAGUCCUCCACGUUACCCAGAGCGGCUACCUGACCAUGGUUGCCUCGGAGACAGAGCAUGACACUGCAGAUGGAGACUUCUGCGUGGUGUUCACUGGCUGUGGGCUGCAGGAGGAGGUACUGAAGACCUGGCUCAGGGCUUGCACCAGACAGAAACCAGAGAAGAAGGCUUACAGGACAAAGGAGAGCCUGAGCAAGCAGGAGAUGGCAAACAUUCAUAGGAAGCAUCACCUGGAGCCACUGCCUGCAGGAUGGUACUACAACGGGACCAGCUACAUCAGUAUGGACGGGCAGAAGGCAGACAAACACCCUCACAUGGAUCAGUUUGUUGCCGACUACCUCCGCCAGGUAAAUGCAGGCAUCGACAACUACAACAAGAGGAUCGACUCCAAGGAGUACACAGACUUAUUCACAAGGAAAUGAGUCUUCUGGUAGCAAGGCUCAUGCUGUGUAAAUCUUCGAUACCCCAUGUGUACCUGUCCAUUGGGAAAGAAGCUAACAAUAGUUUGUGCCUUCUACUACUAGUAUUUCCAAUGAAUUGUUAAGUAUGCGCUUCCAAAACAAAACUGACAUGUUCUGUAUUUUCAAGAUCAACAUUCCUACCAGCAGUGCCUUUCUUGCAUGAUUCAAUUGUACUUCAUUGUUAAAAGGAAGGCAAACUGAAACAUUGGUACAUGUAGCUGAAAGGUGUUUGGAAGUUGUGUGUGUGGUGUUCUGUGCACAAGUGUGACUAUGAUAGCACUACAUUGGUCAUGGUAGUUUUGUUCAGUAGCGUUGACUUCUAUCUAUUUAUUAGUGUUGACAUUUAUUUGCUCAGCUUGCAGCUGCUAGAUAGGACUUAAUCUGUAACUUCAAGUUCACGAAAGUGUAUUUUCAUUGCAUUAGUUAUAAAGCUUUCAAUA